AGCGCAGCGCGCGGACCCUCGUGACCACGACGACUGCGCGGGGGAACCCUCCGUCCGCGAGCUCCCGGGGGGUCAGUCAGAGACGCUCGGCUCCGCAGAGACAUGAAGCUCCUCCGGAGUGCUCCCCAGCGCGUGCAGGCUUUCCACACGGAGGGGCGUUUCUGAGGGGCGCGAGGAAGAUGAAGAGGCAGAACGUGCGGACCCUCGCCUUAAUUAUCUGCACCCUGUCCUAUUUGCUAAUUGGAGCGGGAGUGUUCGACGCGCUGGAGUCCAAGUACGAGAAAAUCCAGAGGAAAAACCUGGAUUAUCGGAAAUUCCGUCUGCGCACUAGAUAUAACCUCAGCAAAGCCGAUUUCGAGCAAAUAGAAGCGGUGGUUCUGCUCCUAAAGCCGCACAAAGCCGGAGUGCAGUGGAAGUUCGCCGGCUCUUUUUACUUCGCCAUCACUGUGAUCACAACCAUAGGUUAUGGCCAUGCUGCUCCCAGCACAGAUGCAGGAAAAGCAUUCUGCAUGGGCUACGCGCUGCUUGGCAUCCCGCUCACCCUGGUGAUGUUCCAGAGCCUGGGUGAACGCAUCAACACCUUCGUCCGCUUCCUGCUCCACAAAGCCAAGAAAUGUGUUGGCCUGCGGCGGCCGGAGGUCUCCAUGGCCAACAUGGUGACUAUAGGCUUCUUCUCCUGCGUGGGCACUCUGUGCGUUGGAGCGGCAGCCUUUUCCCACUAUGAGGACUGGAGCUACUUCCAUGCCUUCUACUACUGCUUCAUCACCCUCACCACCAUUGGCUUUGGUGACUACGUUGCCCUGCAGAAACACAAUGCCCUCCAUAAUAACCCCCGUUAUGUGGCCUUCUGCUUUGUCUACAUUCUAAUGGGUCUGACGGUGAUAGGAGCCUUCCUCAACCUGGUGGUGCUGCGCUUCAUGACCAUGAAUGCUGAGGACGAGAGGCGGGAUGCUGAACAGCGGGCCCUGCUCUCUGGAGACAAGCAGAAAGUUCCCCCUCCUCGCCGGACAAAACCCCAGAACCCACCGGUUCAAGCAGAGCAGGACACCAGGAGGAGAGGCCUAAAGAGCGUCUACGCCGAGGUGCUCCAUUUCCAGACCAUCUGCUCCUGCCUGUGGUACAAGAGCCGGGAGAAGAUGGUGAUGCUCCCGCAGGACUUGUCCUUCAGCGAUGCUCUAAUGGAGCAGGGUGACGUGACACCCCUGCACUUCUUCGAGCCCGGCUCCACUGGCUGUGUGUGCAAUUCCCAGCGCUGCUCGGCCGUCAGCACUGUGUCCACCGAGCUGAGGAGCAUCUCCCCCUUCAGACUACUCUCCAAGAGGCGCAGCUCCGUCUAGAAGUCUAUCAGUCUCAGGUGUUGAUAGGUUGAUAGGUAGAAGCUCACUGAAUUUGCUGAAUUACUGUAUGUUUCUCCUAUAUGUGCAUGCAAUCUUGUUACAUUGAUGGAAAGCCUCAGUCACUGUUUAAAACAAAUAGUUUGGUCAAAAAUCUGAUUUAUACAAUUUCCCCCUUACACCAAAUGUAGUUGGUCAGUCAAGAGAUCGUAGUGAUCCAUAGUUUGCUUUUAAGCUGGGCACCAAACAAACCAAUAGAGGCUCAUUUUGGACUGAGCUUUGAUGGUGGUGGAAGCUUGUACUCCACCAAUUAGCACUGUGCAAACAGAAUUAUAUAAAAUGUGCACACCCUGGCAAACUGGGAACCAGAGAGUUUUGUCCACGGGUUCCAUGUUGGCCCAAUAUAUAAAGACCAACUUGGACAAUCUGAAACCAGCUAAAAUCUGGCCACAAGCCAUAAGCAACAAGGCUAAUUAUAGCUAACAUGUAACAGACAUUUGUACAGGGCUAAGCCAAUUGCUUGCAUUAUGUAAGCUACAUUAGAUUAUACUAAAGUACAAUAUUAAAUAGAAUAUGUCUUGACAUAUUGGGUGCACUUGAGGUAAGGGGAAGUCUCUGCAAAAUCGGUUAUUUACCAAACAAUUUUUUAAGUAUAAUGACAAAAGCUGAAGUAGUAGUUUAGUAAU